UGAGCGUGAACGUGUGCAUUUGCAAGAGGUUUGUUGUUGCAAUCGUUUACACUUUCCGAUUUCCUUUACGUCCAUACGGAUUUGCAAAAACUGACUAUUUUAAACAAUAUACGAGAUUUGUUUUCAAUUAGUCGGCACAAAGCCACAAGACCGUCAGCAUCAUCAUUCAAAACACCAUCCAGCCUAACAUUAGAUUUCGUUUUGGUACGCACGCCGCAAAUAGCACAUCGAAAGUGUAAUUACUUGAGAAUUUACAUUCAAAGUGUUACCAGUUGUGUGUUAAAGGUUAAGUUUUUGUUUUUUUUUUUUAAUUUAGCGCAUUAAUUCUUCGAUUGCGCUGCAAACAUAUUUUUGUGAUAUACAUUUUCGAAAGAAAGAAAGGCGGAAAAAAGACACAGAAAGAGAAAUGCAUUUGAUUCUGUACCUGUUGCUACCGUUGGUUGUAGCAAGUGACGUGGUUACGAAUACGGGUCAAAAUACACGCGAUGUUUCUCGACCACAGCGCCGACAACAAAGGAGAGCGAAAGUGACGACUACAACAAUAGCAACGCCGACAACAGCAGCCGCUCCAAUCGAUCGCUCGGGCGAUCGUGCAAUUGGAUCAGACUUUGUGCCACGAGACAUAUUCAAAUUUGAAUUGGCCGAUGCAAAAGUGCCGGAUUUUGCAGCACAACAACGCUACAACCCACAGCAGGCAAACAGUAAUAAACGGCCGCGACAGCGCAAAGCUCGAAGGCAAGACAGUGCAACGAGUACGGAGGCAAUCGAAACGAAAAGUAUUGAUACACCGAAGACUUCUGACGAUCAAUCUGGAUCGGAUUCCCGUGUGUUAACCAUUUCACAUCCAGCUCCAGUCACCGCAUUCGACUCACAACGUACGAAAACUGUUAAGCAAUUGCCGUUCAGUGUACAAAAAGCGAUAAACCAUGCGUUGAAACAGGAUUUUCAAAUUCCAUUUUUAGAUACAAUUAAAUAUUACUUCAAAGAUCCAACGCCGAAAACGAAGCAAUUCAUCGGUGUCGAUCGAUUACCAGCUGGUGCGAAGCUCGUCAGCGACAGUCGUAUUCGACAAUGGUGGCAACCACCACCGGUUUUGGCAGCGCAAAGUUUAAAACAAACCCCGGUCAGUUAUUCUAAAAUCAGUCCAACCACGCUAAAACCACUCGCUUCGGCAAAUGAUUAUGUUGCAUAUCCAUUGUUACGUGCAUACACAUACCCGAAAUAUCCAGUGGGUUAUUCAAUGAAUGUGGCAUCGGAUUUAGUAAACGGUGUUGGAUUUUUGUACGGUGAUCGGAUUUACUCGAAACCUUAUACAUACCAAAAGAAUGUCCAUCAGGUGACGGCCGAUAUAAAGCCAGUGAUUGAAUCGAAGCCAUUCGGUGAAGAUGACAUUAUAAACGGGGUUUAUCGCACCACACAAAAUAGCAUUCUAUCUACGUCACCAGUUAUAUUUCCCACAUCGACGGAACUACCAAAGACCCAAACUUUUGUGAAAUAUUAUUCGGCCGAGCUACCCGAACGAAUUCCAACAAAUCCAGACACCGGUGUGCCAUUAUCGCAUGACAAAAAUACAAUCAAUUUGAUCAACAAGGCGGUGAGCGAUCUGAAAAAGCAUAAUCCACAUUUGAAUGUUGUGCCGAAGCGUUUGGAAAAGGAUGAGCUAGUGGUGCAUGUCACACCAAAACCAGAUUAUUUCUCAAAAGGAACAACAGCCAUACCGUCGUCCACAACUGACCAGUCGUUCAUCAAUCUAUCGGGCAACAAAGACAUUGUGCCGGAUAAAAAUCUCAUUUAUCUGAACAAAGUCAUUGGAUCGCACAAAGUGAAUCGACCGCACAUUGCCGGCCAUACAUUUGUCACCACUCAUGUCGAACCAUCCAACUAUGAUGACCUGGUUGAGUCAGGCUAUGCCUUUGGGUAUCGAGUGCGAGAUUAUCACACGGGCAAUGAUUUUGGACAUACGCAAAAACGCAUGACUGACGGCACGACAAUGGGAGAGUAUAAAAUAUUAAUGCCAGACGGCCGAACGCAGAACGUUAAAUACAAGGCAGACGAUGCCCACGGAUACAUGGCUGAUGUUAGCUAUGAUGUGUGAAAGCGCCAAACACAGCAGGCCAAUCAAAACCAGUAAACCAUUUUAAUUAUGUGCAAUAAAAAUGCUACUCAUUUUAAUGAUAAUCUAUUCCAAAGUUGAUCGCAGACUAAUCUCUGUGUAAUCAUUAAACAAACACACAAAAAAAAACAAACCGAGAAAAACAUUAUGUUUAACGGAGCCAACAAGUGUCAAUCAUUUUGAAAUUGUGCAAUAUUUUUUUUUUUUACUUUCUUCCAAUACCGUUUAUCGGUAAUUACCGCCUAUUUUUAAUGACCAUAUUUUAGCUCGUAGCCUUAUGUUAUUACCUGUGUAAGUGAUUCUAUUGGUUGCAUUCAUUCACUCCGUUUUUAGCACAUACACACACACACAGACUCUCUUGGCUGGAUGAUCUUCUCUUUCUAAAACUAGUCUAAAUUUACCAUGAUUGUUUUUCUUACCAUUUUUUUCUCUAUUAGGCCAAUAAGUGUGUAAAACAUUGAUCUUGCUGCAAGCGAAGAGACAAAAAGAGAAACCACACCUUGGUUGAGUUUGCUCUUUUUUUUUUAUUGUUCUUUUUGGACUCUUUGUUUAUUAAAGCGAUUAUAUAAAUGUAAAACGUU